GAUACUGUUGAGCAGACUCUUGGAAAUCUGCUCUUCCCCUCGCCACCACCAUCGCCACCGCUGCGUAAUCAGGCAGGUCCAGGACUGAGGCGCACCGAGUCUCACAGCUUUACUUAUUGAUAAGGCUCCUUGGAAGAAGAGGACAGCAAACUACCGUGCGACGUUACUUCAGACGUUCAGCCUGUGAGCUGGACUUUUGGGACGCAUCACGGUUAUUAGAGAGACCCCUGACUACUGCGAAAAGAGAAGUCAAAUGGAUUCUUGAUUUAUUAUCCGUGGAAUAAUUUAAACUUUAUUUACUUUCAGAGUAAGGACAGUUUUGUUUUGUGACGUUUUGAUUGUUGCUGCCUGGAAAUGUCGUUAAAUCUCUUGUUUAUUAAAUGUAUUGUUAUCCACUUGCGUUUUUAGCGGAAAACGCAAACUUGUGCGCAAGGUGGACUGAAGGGGGACUAGAGAAGACUGAACAUCACGUUGAAGAACAGAAUUAAAACUCGGAAGUUUAUUAUUUAUCCAGCACGGAGGAGAUUUCUUUCUUUCUUUCUCUUUUCAAGAGGAGGCUGAAAGUUCGCCCAACACGAGCGCUUUCUUCUUCUUCUUCUUCUUCUUCUUCGGACAUCUCAGCUGGAGUGACAAUAGUAGGAACAGAGCCUCUACGCGCGCGCAGUUCCACUGGGCGAGCCGCUGUCCCCCCGCGCGCAGUGCUGAGGAGAGAGGGACUCUCGCGCUUCCAUAAAUGCCCGGUCCGUCGAAGAGGCUCGAGGCUGGGCAGCAAGAUGAGCUCGUGGGUACAGCUGCUGCUCGCGUUGCUGGCGGCGUGUCUGCAGUGUGGCGUAGCCGAGGGGGACCCUCUGCCUGCAGCUCUGGUGGAGCUGGUUAGGAACAGCCCCAUCUCCUCCAUAGAGGACCUUCAGCUGCUGCUGCUCACUGACUCCGUAGAUGAGGAGGACGGGACUUCUGCAGCCAAUGGAGGUCAUAGACUACCGAGGAGCCUUGAUGCCCAGCCAGCUCAACAGGCUCUGUGUAAAGUGCGUACUGAGGUGGUUGAGGUCACCAGGGCGAUGUUGGACCGUAGCAAUGCUAACUUCCUGUUAUGGCCACCCUGCGUGGAGGUGCAGCGCUGCUCCGGCUGUUGCAAUACCAAGAGUUUGCAGUGUGUCCCCGUUGUCACACACACCAGACACUUGCAGGUCAUGAAGAUUGAGUACAUCAACAAAAGACCCACUUACGCUAAAGCAGUGGUGUCAGUGGUUGAUCAUGUGGAGUGCCGAUGUCAGUCUGUACCACGGCCCCCUAUGCCCAAGAAAAAAACGUCUCACAGACAGCACAGCCACAAGUACCAAAACCAGACACUCAACCAAGGACAUGGACACGAACAGGUCAAGGUGCACUCCAAGGAUGAACUCCAUCAGUGGGAUGAGCUGAAGCAGAACCAAAGGGCCCAUCUGGAGGAUCUCCUGGAGCAGCAUUGGAGCCCCAGAGGAGACACCUUCACUCAGCCUGGAGAAGGAUACAGUCUGACUGAGGAGGAUGCAUCUCGCUCUGGAGAGGCUAUUCUUUUUGCUCCACACUGGGCACAUAACUCCACCAGUAUCCAUGGGACUAAAGACCAAAAUAAGAAUCUGGAGAAUGUAGAGAAAAAGAAUGACAGGAUCUCAGAUGGCAACAAGACUGUUUCCUCAGAACAUGAUGUUGGUGUUGAGGUAAAUAGCAAGUUGGUAGAAGGUGGGGAAGGGUUGCUGAUCAACAGGACUGAAGAUAAAUUUAAUGAUGGAAAUGGCAGCAGGGAUGAAGGCACACAAAACACACAGACCCCAUUAUGGCAAGAAGACAAAUUCAAAAUUUCAAAGAGUCACACGAGUGGUGUUUUUCAUCCUGUUACUCAGACUCCUCAGGCCAAGUUCAGUCCUACUGAGGCAACCAGUGAGAGAACUGGGAACAGGCUCCGACCAACCAAAGAGCCAAACCCAGAACCAAGACGGAGAGACAAUGAGACCCCUGAAGAGGUUAGGAUAUUACAGAGUGAGGAGGAAAAACUGGAGCAGGAGAGAAAAGAACUUCUACUUCUCCACAAGAGGCUUGAUCAAGAGAAGGAGAUACUGAGACAGCAGCAGAUGAAACGAGAAGAAGAGGAAAGGCAGAAGGGAAAGGAAACUGAUAAUCAGCAUCACCCGCAUGGUAAACAUCAUCAUCAUCUGCAAACAACACAAAAACCAGUGACAACAUCUACAACUACCACAGGGAAGCCAUCAGCCCCAGCAGGCCCCAGACCCCCAGCUCGUCCAAAGAGAAAGAUGAGGAAGAACCGCAAACGAAUCAGCAAGGCAGCUAUGAGAGCAAUGCUGAUGUAGCACUAGAAUAAACCCAGGGACACAAAGUGAACUUGGUUGUUUUUUCAUGGAUCCAGAGAUGAAGCAGAGUGACUCCCUUCAUAUAAGUAUUUAUUCAUCUGUCAGUAACCUGCUGGUCCUGUGAGAUCUCCUCUGUAACACUACUAAUGACUGUCUGGUGAACCUGUAACUACACCUGUAUUGCGAGUAAGAGGAGAGGAAGAAGAAAACUGAAUUCAAAUGAAAGAUGGACCUUGUCAAGAGAAAACUUGCAUCUGCAACGACAGUUACUGGUAUGAAGUAACGAGUGGCACCCAAAGACUGGCUCCUCGUGUGCAAGCACAGUACCUAUCGGGGGCGACUGAAACUGCAUCGCUGUAGAACUGUGGAAAAUAGUGCAAUUUCAAAACUCUUCUGGGAACCUUAUUUUGAUAUCAACAGAGAGAAACUGCACUUAUACUUUGACAGAACUGAGUCUAUAUGAGCUUUGACAUAGUUUGUUGCUGAAAGACUUGCUUUGAGGUAACUCCAGUCAGACUGCACGGCAAAGUGUGUGUGUUGGACAUAAUGGACAUAAAAAUGCUGUGUCAUUGGAGAAUGUGUUGUACUGAGUUUGGACAAAUCAUCAAAAAGACAAUCAUCAAAAGACUUCAACAACAAGUAAUGACUAAAAUGAGCAGUAUUUUCAUGUGCGAGAAAAUUCACAUACCGAGGGCUCAGUGUUGGCAACAUAACACUGUGUAGAUUUACCGUACCAAGGCUUGAUAUCAUUUAUUAGCUCUGAUGGUCUCUUUAACCAUAUUUAAUUAUAUUUAACUCAUUGCAAACACUGGAAUCACACAUGUGAUUAGAGAACAAAAACAUAAAAUGUUGGAUUAGUGAGUUUUGUCUCUUUCAAAAUCUCAUCACAGGUGUGAGAAAAGGUGCUAUCUGGAUACAAGGUGAUAGCGUGACACUUGUGCUAUAUUUCUUAUUUAUUUAUCUCUACCAUUACUGUGGGUAAACUUUCUAUACAAAUACUGCAAACAAAAUGACAGGCAUAGUUGAGAUUUGUAACAACGCUUCAAAAUGGGUGGGUGUUUCAAACAAAAAAGACCAAAACAAAAACAACAACAACAACAACAACAAAAACAGAGCAAGUUAAAAAACAAAAGAACAAGUGCUUCUGUGACCUGCAGGAUCAUGCAGUGUUUAACUUCCAUGACAAAAGAGUGUGUGCAUGUGUUUGUUUUUUAUGCAAAAGUGUGUGGUAUAGUGUGUGUAUGAGCUUGUGUCCACACCUACUGUCAUCUGUCAUGCAUCUCAGUACUCAUGUAGAAGCAUCUAUUUGUUUCCUCUUUCUCUCUUAGAUAAAAACUUGUCUUUCUUCCACUGAUUAAUUUUUGGUGGAAAACAACAUUUUUUUUUUAAGUGUCCCUGCUGUACUUGUUUUGUUAAUGUGCAACCAAUUGUUUUGGACAUUUCAUUUUUACAACAAUCUAAAGGAGUCAAAUCAAGUAAAUCCAUAAUUUAAAAGGACAGAAAUAGCCAAAUGUAAAUAUUUUUGUUCUUUCGUAUUUUCAUUAGUAACAACACGUAGAAAAACACUGGUGAUGCCGUGUCCAACAAUGAGCCAAACAUUUUAAAUUAUUGAAAAAAAAUGGCUUGUACGUCCUUUGUGCCAACUUAAAACUGUUACUGAUUUUAUCUGUUUACUGGUAAGAAAUUAUGAAACAACUGAAUGUUUGUGAUAACUUUGCCACCUAAUGCUAUUUUCAUAUGGAUAUAAGAAGCUAAUGUGCUUAA